AUGACCCGGUUGGUCGUCCGACGCUUCUCUGAGGCCGAUACGGGCAAAUACAAGUGCUCCAAGGGUUCAGACAGCGGAGUUCUUUCGGACGACGUUUACCUCAUGAUGCGGCCCCGCCUACUUGCUGAUUUUCCUGCACUAGAGCACAUAGAGGAGGAUGAGUCCGCUGAUAGCAGCGUGGUGACCGGACACCGGCGGCAGGCUUAUGCGUCCGGUCUUGAGCGGCCCACUGGCGCUUCUCCAAAGCCCCCCAAGAAGUACAUUGAUGCCAUGUUUCAGCCAGUGGUGAUUGAUCCCGCGGAGCUAGGUGUGGCCAUUGAGAAUGAUUCACAGAAGUAG